AUGGUACCAGCAUUGCAGCGUGGCCGGAUAUUUGCUGAUGGUAGCGUUAUGAGGGAAUUCAUUGUAUAUGACUUUGAGAACUUGUCCAUCGCUGUCGCUGUACUCACCAUUAUUUUGGUUCCUGUGUUUUUAGUUGUUGGAUUCCUGAGGAAAAAUUCUUGGUUCACCAUGAACAUCAUCGAAGUCCCUGUGUUGGACUUCCUGAGCAUCCUCUGGUUGGCAAACAGAAUUCUUUACACUGAAUGGGACAGUGUUUUGUAUGCAAGCCUUCAGUGCUCCUCCAACUGCCUUAGUACUACUGGCCAAACGUUCUGCGGAGAAUUCAGAGCCAUCAAAGCCCUCUUAUUCAUCACCUGGAUCACUCUUUUUGGAUACGCAGCUACGACUAUCGUAUUCUGUCUCAUCGGAAAGUCUCGAGGGAACAAUGUUUGGUUGGUCGACAUGAGUGCUGCAGAUUACUUUACCUGGAACAAAAAUAACCGUAGUGGAUCAUUCACUGGUGAAUCUCAGUAUACCAGGAACACUGUACCUACACAAGGUACUGGCCAGACUACUAUGGGUGCACAAUCUCAUAUGCCGGGUCAACAGCCCCAGAUGGGUUAUGUGCAACUGGUCGUACAUCAAGCCUUGGCUCAAGGACAAAUGUAUCCUCCUCAGCACAAUUCAGGACCUCCGGUUCAUGCUCAGGUUUGA